AUGGUAAUCGUAAGUUUCAACAUUGAUACUGAUCUUUUCAUUAAUUUAGCAAAGCUUCCAGCCGAAGUAAUUGCUUUAAUUUUUAGCUUUGUACCAAAAUGUAUGUUGCCAGAGUUAUUGUAUUGCUCACCAAUUAAAAAGGUCGCUGCAUCUGCAAUUUUGUCAUAUGUAGAUGUCUAUGACGCUAUUGAGAGACACAAGUGGAGUUAUGAGCUAGGUGUUGGAUACCCAAAUUGUUCUUGCCGACAGUUCAGAAUCACACAAGAAAAUUUGAAACAAGGUAUUCGCCAAUGGAAAAUAUUUCCAAAAUCCAUUGCUUUGAACAAUGUGGACCAACUUGCAAUUGCAUUGAAUGAUUCCCGUGAAUUUUUUGUGGAUGCUCAACUUAUUAAUGCUUCUUUUUUGGAAAUUGGGUAUCACGAUUAUGAAGGAGUAUUUCGGGACUUUUUAAAAUCCAGAUUUAAGUUUAGUUGUUUGACCUUGUCGAAUCAUCGGAAUCCACUUACUUUACCUCCCAUUGCCAUAAAUGUCAAGCUAAGUAAAAUUAAAUUGAAUAGUUAUGUGAUCCCCGGGGUAAAGAAGUUGGAACUCGAUGUUCCAAAGAAUCAAGAGGAAAGACUCACAUUUUCUGCAGAGUUAGAGGAUUUAAUAAUCAAUUCUGAUCGGUCAAUUCAAGUGACUUUACCUCCAAAUUUACAGAAACUAGAGGUAUACGCAUUUCAGAGCUCAGUGCAUUUUAUAUCAGAAAAAAUGGUUAAUUUGGAAUACUUAACAAUUCAGUUGCCAAAUAUUCGAUCUUUUGAUGAAACAGGAAUAAUUGCUCCAAAUUUAAAAGAACUAAAAGUAAGAUGUGAUCAAUUGUCAAAUCUCGAGGAGUUGCGACAAUUCCAACAUUUGAAAGAAUUAGAAUUUGGAUUUUGUAAUUAUCCCUUUGGGUUGUUUAAUGAAGGAUCUUUCCCUGAAUUAGAAAAGUUUCGGUGUCGGGAAUGUUCUUGUCUGGCUUCAGAAGAUUUUGAUAACUCAUUAUUAACCUUCCCUCCAAAUUUGAAAAAGUUUGAAAUAGAAAUCUUCCGUUUUCAAAAUGUUAAUUUUGGUAGUUUGGUUCUUCCAUCCACAUUAACGCGUUUAAAGCUUAAAAAUUUCCCAUUUGAUUAUGAUUAUUUGGUUGAUAGCUUGCAGUAUAUUGACGUUCAUACUGUGAAACUUACACUAAAAAGUGACUUUAGAAUUCCUCAUAUGGCUAAAGAAUUUAUAUUGGCAGCUGAAUAUUUUAGUAUUGAUAGUAUUGAUUUUAUGUAUCAUUUGCCAAGUAAUCUUAUCCAUUUGAGCUUGCAUGCCAUUGAGCUGGGACAGAUGAAGUCUCUUGCCCAAAUGGUUAAAUGGCCGCCGAUGUUGAGAAAAUUUACUCUAAUAAAUUUUAAUAUUGAUCAUUUCAAAUUGAAGCAAUUGAACUUGAAAGAGUCUAGACUCACAAAGAUUCACAUUUAUCAAGGUAAUGUCAAAACAUUAGAUGCAGGCUUAUUUCCCGUUAGUGUGAAAGAUCUUUCUUUGACAGAAAUGGGGAUCCAGCAGUUGCCGGACUCGUUUGAAAAUUUGGAAAACUUACAGAAGUUGUAUUUAUGGCAAAAUCAAUUGAGAGACGUAACAUCUGUUAAAUUACCUAUGGCAACGUUGGAAACUUUAGAUCUAAGCAUAUGUAACCUUCGUUUUAUAUCUCCAUUUUUGGUUUCCAUGUUUGAGGAAAAGAAUAAAAAUGCUAAAUUGAGAGUAAUCGCUAAAGAGAAUGCGAAUGUUAGUGUUAUAGAUAUCAGGAGGGCGUUAAAGGCAAUCAAAGGACUUUCAUUAGAUCUCGACGAAUUUGAUAAAACGUUGAUAGAAAUAUCCAAGCAUUCUUCUCGUUUGGAUUGCGAAUAUAGGUGCUAUGAUUUUUGCAUCGAGGAACCCGAAACAGAUGAUCUUUAUAAUGGAAGUGAGUCCGGUUUGGAUGAGGAAUCUAGUGGAACUAAAAAGAAAAGAAGAAAUAUUCAGGAAUGA